UGACCCGCAUUCACCCAUGUUGUCGUCUGUGUGCGCAAACACAAAUCGUUGUGCACUUUGGAGUUUGCGUUUGUUUAUGAUGGCGAACAUCUUUCUUGCUUGUGUGCUGUUGUGGUCCUUUCAAUUGAGUCUGGGAGGCCCAGUGUUUCUGCCCGGCAAAGCGGCUAAUGGCGUCCUGAAGAGACACAAGCGUUAUAACACGGGCCUAUUUGAGGAGCUGCUGCAGGGCAACCUGGAAAGAGAAUGCUAUGAGGAAGUGUGUACCUUUGAGGAGGCCCGGGAGACCUUUGAGGAUUCAGAUAAAACGAUAGCGUUCUGGAAUAUAUAUCAUGAUGGGGACCAGUGUGAGUCGAACAAAUGCAUGCACCAGGCCACGUGCAAAGACGGUCCGAGCUCCUACACGUGUGAGUGUCGAAGCGGUUUCACCGGCGCCCACUGCGAAAACGAUUUGUUGAAAAGGUGUGAUCUAAACAAUGGCGACUGCGGGCACUUUUGUGAGCCGAUGGGCAUCAUCGGAGGCAAAUGUUACUGCGCGGAAGGAUACAAGCUGAUGCAGGACGGGAUCAGCUGUGAACCAGAAGCCGAGUUCCCAUGCGGCAGGACCGCCCUGAUGAGAACUGCUCGGUCUCCCACCCUCAACGUCAGCCUAGAUGAAUUCUAUCCCAUGUGGCGCAUUGUAGGUGGAGCUGGGGUCGUCCCAGCAGAGAUCCCCUGGCAGGCGGCCUUGGUAGACACAAAGGAGAAGGAGGUGUUCUGCGGGGGCUCCGUUCUAAGCGCUUGGUGGGUUAUCACCGCAGCCCACUGUCUGGCCGAGGCGCCGGCAGCCUUCGUCGUUAGAGUGGGUGAGCACAACAUUAAACGCAAAGACAAAACAGAGCAAGACAUCCAAGUAUCCCAGCAGCACAUGCACCCGCUGUACAAUCCCAGGGUGAACCCAUACAAUCACGACAUCGCCUUGCUCCAACUCCAAAAACCCAUCAACUUCUCUAUCGAUGUCCGGCCCAUCUGCAUCGGACCCAAGGCAUUCACCGAGGCCCUGGUGAAAAGAGCCUCGCCCGCCACGGUCAGCGGCUGGGGCAGAACGCGCUACCUCGGAAUCCCGUCCAACACGCUGAAUAAAGUGGAGGUUCCCUAUACGAGCCGGGCCGAGUGCAUGCGCACCAGCAGCGUCAGGAUCACACCUGCCAUGUUCUGCGCUGGCUACUAUAACCAGGCCAAAGAUGCGUGCCAGGGGGACAGUGGGGGGCCUCACGCCAACAAGCUCCACAACACUUGGUUCCUGACGGGCAUCGUGAGCUGGGGGGAAGAGUGCGCAAAAGAUGGCAAGUAUGGGGUGUACACGCGUGUGUCUCUUUACGUCAACUGGAUCCACAACAUGACCCACGGGUUGGAACAACACAAUGAGGAAAUGUCAGAUUUUGAAGAUGGUAUCGAAUGGUAAAAAAAUAAAAAAAAAACGCCAUUGCGGUACACUUGGCAAUUCAACUGUAGGUCCUUGAACAAGCUCUUUUCUGCAAGGAUGAAUUUGAGAUGUGACGAGCAACCUUGAUAAGAGCAGUUUGGGAUUACACCUAAUUUGGGAGAUUGUCAUAAUGGCUUAUCAUACAGAGUGAAUAUUUGUUAACUGUACGCAUUAAACACACGCUUGAAGAAAAGGCUAACGGCUGACUGCUUCUUUUACUUCAUCCUCACUUGUAAUCAGUAAUGUCAUGUUGGGAAAUGAACAUGACGAAAUCAAUUGGAAUUUGCAUGAAAUCUGGUCGAUUUUACAUUUAAUAGAGUCAAUGCUGUUGAAGUAACACGAGGCAACCAUGCUCGUAUGUUAAGACGUCAUCAUGUUUACAACUCACAGUGGUGGAACACUGCCAAGGGCAUGCUGGGUGAAUGGCUAGCACAUCUGCCUCACAAUGACUCUUGAUUUCAUGUAUCUUCAAUUGAAA